AUGUAUCCACGAUUUCUGAGCCGCAACUAUCCGCUGGACAAGGAUCUCUUCUUCUCCACGAGAUAUUCGUUCAGUCUGCUCGGUUUGCGCUUCGAGGAGAAGCCCACCAUCUGGUCGACUGCUUGGCUCAUCUUCAACUUUUUCAAUCUGGCGCAUUGCUGCCAGGCCGAGUUCAGUUUUGGCUGGUUUUACAUACGCAUCAGUCCCGUCGAUGCCAUGGAUGCCUUCUGCCCGCUGGCCUGCAGCCUAACGACGCUCUACAAGAUGGCCUGCAUGUGGUACAGUCGCUCCGAGGUGGCCCUACUCAUGGGCCGCAUUCGCCAGCUGACCGAACAGCAGAGUGGCGAGCAGCGGGAUGAGUUGAAGCGUCGCUACUACCGCAUGGCCACGCUGUUGAGCAUGCUCAUGUUCACGCUGGGCUCCAUUAACACGGCGGCAUUUGUGCUGCGCUCCUUGUGGGAGAUGUGGUCACUGCGCCACGAGCCCUUCAAAUACGACAUGCCCUUCAGAAUGCACUUUCCUGCCAUCGCUCACCGUUUGCCUCUGUAUCCGCUGGCUUAUCUCUACUCCACUUGGUACGGUCAAGUCACAGUCUAUGCCUUUGUGGCCACCGAUGGCUUCUUCUUCAGCUUUACGCUCUACGUCACUUUUCUGCUCAAAGCACUGCAAAUGGACAUUCAACGUGUGCUGAAGUCCAUGCGUUUUGAUCUCAGCGAAGGCGAGUCGGAAAAGUGCUGUCAGCAGCUGCACAAUAUCAUCGAUCGCCACAACGAUAUCGUUGGCAUUGUGGAGCGUUUCUCAGCGAUUAUGGCAGCACCCACUUUUGCUCAGUUCCUAUCUGCCAGCUUGGUGAUAGCCACCAGUGUUAUCGACAUACUUAUGUAUUCUGGGUACAAUAUCAUUCGCUACGUGGUCUACGCCAGCACGGUGAGCUCGUGUCUCUUUCUCUACUGUUACGGAGGCACCGAAAUGUCCAUGGCGAGCUUGGAACUGGGUGAAUCGGCAUACAAUAGCUACUGGUAUCAGUGGGAUCGCAAGGUGCGACAGCGUGUCUAUCUGCUCAUCAUGCGCGCCCAGCGACCCAUCAUGGUGCAAGUGCCCUUCUUUGCGCCCUCGUUGCCGGUCUUCACAGCGGUCAUCAAGUUUACGGGCUCCAUUGUGGCGCUGGCCAAAACCAUUCUCUAGUCUCGGUAAGAGACAAAACAUGAAGAAAAAUAAAUUGCAUCAAGUUGCUGGCGCCAAGAGAUUCGCUUGCAUGCGAAUACUUUUUCAAGUGUCUGUCACUUCGCACUUACCCUAAAA